CGGGCUCCACGUCUCGCUCUCUCAGAAGUUCCGCAACACCCGAUAACUUAUCAACAAAUAAAUGUAUGACUUCAUCGAAUAAACCGACUUCGAUGCUUGUCUCUAGCAUUCAGCAAAAGUGUAGUGAAGUUUGACAAGUGUAGUGAACUUGUGGAGUUAAUCAUGAAUGGUGCCCCGGCGAGACGACCUAAAAGCGCCUUCUCCGAAAUGGGUGUUCGGAUAAAGGAGGUGUCGGAGGGGCGGCCCUGCGACAACUGCCCAGAGUUAUGCCCGGGAUUCAUUCCACAUGCUUGGAGAAAAACCUGCAAGUCAUGCGGCUGCGAUCGCCUGCAGCACUCCGUGUACCACGAGGAGCUGGACUCCGUGCGAGACCGGCUCGGGCUGCGAGACCGGCCGCAGAUAGGCCUCGGGCUGGACUCGCCGCCUGGACUCACUCACAAGCAGACGGAACUGUACUGGGCUUCGUUGGCGGAACGUGCGCCGAGCAACGUAGGCGGCGCCACUGGGGCGGCAGCGUGGCGCGCCUGGCGAACUAGAGCGCUGGCCACACAGCUGCCGAAGCAAGACUUAUCUCUCUCACACUGCCGACAUAUCGAUGAGGUCCACCGCAAGCAGUUUGAAGACUUCGUCGCUGCUAGGAAUGAAAUAGCUCUAGAUAUAGGUGUUGCUGGUCAGCAUCUUAGCGCGCCGGUGGGAUGUUUAGGUUGCGAUAAGCCUAUUCGGAGCGGAAGUAUCUCUAUCUGCGCACCGCGGUUAGGCCAAGAGGCGUUGUUCCACCCAGCCUGCUUCUCCUGCUCGGAAUGCGACGAGCUGCUGGUGGAGCUGGCGUACUGCGCGCUGGACGGCCGGCUGUUCUGCGUCAGGCAUUACGCCGAGCGGCUGAAACCGAGGUGCCAUGCUUGCGAUGAGCUAAUUUUCAGUGGCGAAUACACCAAGGCGAUGAACAAGGACUGGCACAGCGGGCACUUCUGCUGCUGGCAGUGCGACGAGUCGCUGACCGGCCAGCGCUACGUGCUGCGCGAUGAGCACCCCUACUGCAUCAAGUGCUACGAGAGCGUCUUCGCCAACGGGUGCGAGGAGUGCAACAAGACCAUCGGCAUCGACUCCAAGGACCUGUCGUACAAGGACAAGCACUGGCAUGAGGCGUGCUUCCUGUGCGCCAAGUGUCGCGUGUCGCUGGUGGACAAGCAGUUCGGCUCGAAGCUCGACAAGAUCUACUGCGGCAACUGCUAUGACGCGCAGUUCGCCAGCCGCUGCGAUGGCUGUGGCGAAGUGUUCCGCGCCGGCACCAAGAAGAUGGAGUACAAGACCCGGCAGUGGCACGAGAAGUGCUUCUGCUGCGUGGUGUGCAAGAACCCCAUCGGCACCAAGAGCUUCAUCCCGCGCGAGCAGGAGAUCUACUGCGCCGGCUGCUACGAGGACAAGUUCGCCACCCGCUGCGUCAAGUGCAACAAGAUCAUCACGCAAGGCGGCGUGACGUACAAGAACGAGCCGUGGCACCGCGAGUGCUUCACGUGCACCAACUGCAACACGUCGCUGGCGGGCCAGCGGUUCACGUCGCGCGACGAGAAGCCCUACUGCGCCGAGUGCUUCGGCGAGCUGUUCGCCAAGCGCUGCACGUCGUGCGCCAAGCCCAUCACCGGCAUCGGCGGCACCCGCUUCAUCUCGUUCGAAGACCGCCACUGGCACAAUGAUUGCUUCAUCUGCGCGCAGUGCAAGACCUCGCUGGUCGGCAAGGGGUUCAUCACCGACGCCGCCGAUAUCAUCUGCCCCGAGUGCGCCAAGCAGAAGCUCAUGUAAACACACACACACACACAACGCCAAGUCCACUAACGUGCGCCAACGUAGCAAACAAAAUGACGCGCUUUCAUU